ACGACCCCCUGGGCUACGUGGCACCUGUCACAAUUCAAGGAAAGGCCUUAGUCAGGGAGCUGUCUGCCGAACAAGCUGAAUGGGAUGCUCCUCUGCCAGCGCUAAAAGAGGAACAGUGGAAAAUGUGGACCGACUCACUCCAUGAGCUUGAGCAGCUUCAGAUUGAAAGAACCUAUGUGCCUGUUUCUUUGUGCUCCACCAAACAUAGAGAACUCUGUGUCUUCUCUGAUGCUUCCACUAUGGCCAUAUCAGCAGUGGCCUAUCUUAAAGCAACAGAUGAAAAUGGACACACUCACAUUGGAUUCGUCAUGGGCAAGUCAAAGCUGGCACCUCAUCCUCCACACACUGUACCACGGCUCGAACUUUGUGGUGCUGUCUUGGCUGUUGAAAUGGCAGAGUUAAUCACAGAAGAACUCGACACAGACAUCCACAAGGUCACAUUCUACACAGACAGCCGAAUCGUAUUGGGCUACAUCAACAACGAUAACAGACGAUUUUAUGUAUACGUAACCAACAGAGUCACUCGCAUCAGGAAGUCCACAAGCCCUGAACAGUGGCACUUUGUCAGCACUGAACACAACCCUGCAGACCAUGGAACUCGUUCAGUGCCAGCAGCCAUGUUGAAAGACACCAACUGGCUCAAAGGUCCAGCUUUCUUAGCCAAAGACACCCCACAGCCAGAGGCAUUUGGGCUAAUUGACCCUGAAGCGGACAUAGACAUACGUCCACAGGUCCAAGCCUUCAUAACCAAGGCCUUUGAAUGUCAGCUGGGGUCAAACCGAUUUGAACGCUUCUCCAGCUGGAAGUCACUCAGUCGAGCCGUUACCAAGCUCAUACACAAGGCCAGGUCCUACACAAAGGACUCAAUCAACAAUAUGAAUGAGAUGACACAAGCAAAACUAAUAAUCGUCAGAAAUGCUCAACACGAUGCGUUUGCUGAGGAGAUGAAAUGCCUUUCCAGAGGUGAAGUUGUCCCAAAGUCCAGUCUUCUAAGGAAACUGAAUCCAAUUGUGGACGCAGACGGCCUGCUAAGAGUUGGAGGACGGAUUCCUUUGGCCGACUUACCUUGGGAAGAGAAACACCCAAUCAUCGUCCCCAAAAAGCACCACGUAGCAACCUUAUUGGUGAGGCAUUACCAUGAAAAGGUUGCUCAUCAGGGAAGACACCUGACAGAGGGCGCUGUUCGCUCUGCUGGACUGUGGCUGAUUGGAGGCAAGAGACUGGUGUCAAGCAUCAUUCACAAGUGUGUAACCUGUAACAAGCUGAGAGGAAAAAUGGAAGAACAAAUAAUGUCAAACCUACCUGCUGAACGGCUUGAAGCAGGCCCCCCGUUCACAAAUGUAGGUGUUGAUGUGUUCGGUCCAUGGACCAUAAGCACAAGGCGCACGCGAGGUGGCAUAGCAGAAAAUAAACGUUGGGCUGUCAUCUUUACUUGCAUGGUCACAAGAGCAGUACAUAUCGAAGUGCUAGAGUCUCUGUCCUCCUCAAGCUUUGUUAAUGCACUAAGGAGAUUCACAGCUGUCCGUGGCCCUGUCCGCCUGUUCCGUUCUGACAGAGGAACAAACUUCAUAGGCGCAUGCAAGGAACUGCAGAUCAAAUCUGGUGACCAUGAACUGACUACUUACCUUGAAGACCAAAGCAGCACCUGGACCUUUAACCCUCCACACUCUUCCCAUAUGGGUGGAGUGUGGGAACGGAUGAUAGGCAUUGCCCGCAGAAUACUGGAUGCACUGCUUUUAAAGACAAACACUGCCCGUCUGUCUCAUGAAGUUUUGGUCACACUCAUGUCUGAAGUCAUGGCCAUUAUGAACGGCAGACCCCUUGUUCCAGUGUCAUCUGAUCCAGACAUGCCUACAGUCCUUACACCUUCCAUGCUGCUAACACAGAAAGUCAACCCAGUGCUUCCACCCACUGGAGAGUACGACCUUAAAGACUUAUACAUCAAGCAGUGGAAGCAGGUACAGGCGUUGGCCGACGCAUUCUGGAAACGCUGGCGUCAAGAAUACUUGGUUUCCCUCCAGCCAAGGAGAAAGUGGCACGUUGAAAAGCCAAACCUGAGCGAAGGAGAUGUUGUGCUGCUCAAGGAUGCACAGGGCAAGCGGAAUGAAUGGCCUGUCGGAGUGGUGUUGAAUGCCAUUCCCAGCAAAGACUCUAAAGUUCGCAAAGUAGAUGUGAGGGUGGUCAGACAGGGUACUCAACGGGUGUAUUCUAGACCAGUCUCUGAAGUUGUUCUACUUGUAAAAGGGGAAUAGUGUCAUAACGCAUUAUAACAAGCGGGGAGUGUGCUGUUCUGAUGUUUAUUUGGUGAAAGGGAGACCCCUAGUGGUCAACUUUUAACGCAAUGUUUUUGUACUAGCAGUCUUGCCGUAGUUCGACGAUGCAUGUGAACCAACAGUCACGUACUUUUUCUCUUUUGUAUUGGUUGGCCAGAAAACACGUUUGCCUGUAAGUAGAUGUCAUACAGCUAUCUUGUCAUGGAAUUAAAUUAGUUCAGAAUGUAUAUUUUGAUCUUUUAUGCUAAUCGCGAGCAUCUUAAUGUAAUUUCCAAUAGACGUUUGCCCUAAGCUAACGUAUAUGUUAAUGUUUGUUAUGAAACGUUUUAAACGGACAAUAGAUGAAUACUGUUCUUGAACGUCUGUAUGAGAUACUGAAAGAUGUAUUUUGUAUCUGUCCAGUUUUACAGUGCUUACCAAGUAAAGUUUGGAAAGGAAACAAGCUGCUUCAUUCUU